CCAGCCGCAUAGGUUUCAUCGUCGCAGACUCGCAGCAUUCUGCUUCUGCAUUCGCACUCGCACUACAGUCGGUACACGCCUUCGGAGCUUUCAAAGUUCCACCUAUAGCAUUUCUUCUCUACUUAAUAAGCUUGAGAAAAAGACUUAAAAAGCGUGACCUUUCUUCACCUCUGGGCGACCCUAGCUAGUUUUUCUCUGUAUUCUUCAACCGUUGCCGUCGGGACAUUCGUCAGAACUUUCAUGGCUGCUGCUACCAGAUCCGCUGCCGUAGCCUUCAACUCUGCAGGAAUUCCGGCCAAAUCCACACUUUGCUCCCGACAAACCGCUCAGAAUAUCGCUCAUUUCCCGAAAUCCCAGCUUACCUCCGGUAGCAGUCCAUCUUUGCAGCUCCAAUCUUGCGUUGGCCUCCAGUACAGAUCGGGGAGUUCCUUUGCUUCGUCUGGUGUAAGAGCUCAGGUUGCAGCUGCCGAGCAAGCAAGUGUUAAAGUGGCUCAAAAUGUGGAAGCUCCUGUUGUUGUUGUCACCGGUGCUUCUAGGGGAAUUGGAAAAGCAAUAGCUUUGGCGAUGGGUAGAGCUGGUUGUAAGGUUCUGGUGAAUUAUGCAAGGUCUGCUAAGGAUGCUGAAGAGGUUUCCAAAGAGAUAGAGGCAUCUGGUGGUCAAGCUCUUGUUUUUGGGGCAGAUGUUUCAAAAGAAGAAGAAGUGGAAUCAAUGAUAAAAACUUCAGUAGAUACAUGGGGAACAGUUGACGUAUUGAUAAAUAAUGCAGGAAUUACUCGUGAUGGUUUGCUGAUGAGAAUGAAGAGACCUCAGUGGCAGGAGGUCAUUGACUUGAAUCUUACAGGUGUAUUUCUGUGUACACAGGCAGCGACGAAAAUUAUGAUGAAAAAGAAAAAGGGGAGAGUAAUCAAUAUAGCAUCUGUUGUUGGUCUAGUUGGCAAUGUUGGACAAGCUAAUUAUAGUGCUGCAAAAGCAGGUGUCAUUGGCUUCACCAAGAGUGUUGCAAAGGAGUAUGCAAGCAGAAAUAUCAAUGUGAAUGCUGUUGCUCCUGGUUUUAUUGCAUCGGAUAUGACGGCCAAGCUUGGAGAGGACAUUGAAAAGAAGAUCUUGGAAACCAUUCCCUUGGGGAGGUAUGGGCAACCAGAGGAAGUUGCUGGUCUGGUGGAGUUUUUAGCCCUGAAUCCUGCAGCAAGUUACAUUACUGGACAGGUGUUCACGAUUGAUGGAGGCAUGGUGAUGUAGCAAGUCUGCACAUCCUCUCAGUCCCAGCGCAGUAAGGUCCUUUCAAAAAACCUGUCAAGGUCUCAGAAUUGUUUGUUCUACAAGGGGUUUCACUCUGUUUAAAUGGAUCCUUACAUUCAUCUAGCGUAAUAUUGCACAGAGAAACAGACUUUUGUUUCCUAGAGAUGAUCAAAGCAAUUUUUGUAGUUUGAAGCUGGCGUUAUAUUGGAGACAAAUAUUCUUUCUAUGGAGCUGGUACUUCUAUCCCGUCUAAUUAGUAAUUAGAUCGUUCUUUUCAUUUGUUCAA